UUUAACGUCAAAAUUAUUUUCCGGGAUGAAAAUUAUCCAAUGUCAUGCCUGUCAACUUUUAGGAGAAAUUCUAUUAGAUUUUUUGUUACAUAGUGCGUAAAUUUUAAGCAAAAAUGUCCUCUAAAAUACUACUAUCUUCGAGUGAAAAUAUUGACGGAGCAAUUGCUAGAGCAUUUUUAACACUUAUCAAUGUUUUGAUCAUGCAAAAGACCCAAUUAGUAACAUCUGGUGAAGAAGCUUAUCCAAAAGAUUUUGGCAAGAAGCUACUUGAGGGAUCCAGAAAAGAAUUUGACUUCAUAAUAGUUGGCGCUGGAACGGCGGGUUCCUUAAUAGCAAGGAGAAUGUCGGAUUAUUUAGAUUUCAAAGUUUUACUAGUGGAAGCUGGUGCAGUACCAUCAACGACUUCCAUCGUUCCCUAUGUGUUCUAUACGAUACCAUUUACCAAUGAGGACUGGCAAUUUCGUACAACUAAGCAAACGAACGCCUGUCAGGGUUAUCAGGGCAAGAUGUGUGCCAUCCAUAGGGGUAAGUCAAUUGGAGGGACCAGUUCAAUCAACAACAUGCAAUACGUCAGAGCAAACCCUCGCGACUUUGACCGUUGGCUCAUUGGAAGUAUAGAAAAAUGGGACAUGGACACCGUCACUCCUCUGUAUAACAAUCUCGAGUCCUGUCGAUCAGACCACUGCAGUGGCUAUGGAACGGACGGGCUCAUUAAUCUUGAGACUAUAACCGACAAAAGUCAUCAUAUUUUGGAUUUACUAAAAAACGGCAUAGAAGCUAUAGGGGCUGGUAAUGUUUCCGAUGAGUAUACAAAUUUGGGAUACUUUCACACAAAGGCUUUCGUUAAGGAUGGACAACGCAAUAACUUCGCCAAAGCUUUCCUGUCUCCAAUAAAGAACCGAAAUAAUCUUUACUUCAUGAGUAACGCUACAGUUCUCAAGGUUCUAUUUAAUUCGAACGACGGUAAAAAAGCUACAGGGAUUGAAGUUGCCGUGGGAGGUAAGAUUUUUAACAUCAAAGCGAAACGAGAAGUAGUUUUAACAGCUGGAUCUAUCAACACACCUAAAAUCCUGAUGAUGAGUGGAAUAGGCAAGGCAAAACACCUUCGUAGUAUCGGUAUUGAACCAAUUGCAGACCUUCCUGUGGGGGAAAACCUCCAGAUACAAAUCACGUUUCCAAUUUUUGUUGGACUCAAGCACGAUAUCGACGAGUCGACCCAAGAGGCCGAAAUAAUAGAUUCCAUUUACGAAUAUGUGAGAUAUAAACGGGGAAAAGUUGCUAAAACGAACGUCCAUGGUCUCGUGGGAUUAUUAAACAUGAAGACAGUCCCGUACGAUAAUCCAACGAUAUUAAUGUAUCACUAUUAUUUUCGGAAGAAAGAUGCUCUCUUUGAAGAAUACUUAAACAAAAUGAAUUUGCAAAAGGAAAUUGUCAAAUCGCUUAUGCGACACAAUCAAGAGAAUAGUAUCAUUAUAUUUAUGCCAACUCUUAUAAAACCAAAAUCGAGAGGAAAGGUUCUUCUCAACUGUACUAACAAAGAACGAAACCCACCCGUAGUGAUGGCCAACUUCUUUUCCGACCCUAACAACGAAGAUUUGCAGACCUUACUAUCAGCAUUUCACUACACCCUCAAACUUAUCGACACUCAACCGUACAAAACAUAUAAGGCUACCCUAUUGAACAUCGACAUACCGCAUUGCAGAAACUUCAAAUUUUGUAGCGAAUACCACAUGAGAUGCAUGAUUAAAAGUUUAGCUCAUCCGUCAUCGAAUAUUGCUGGAACCACGAAAAUGGGAACAAUAUGUGAACCAGACACCGUUUUAGAUGAUUUUAUGUACGUCAGAAAGGUGAGAAAUCUGAGGGUUGCAGACGCAAGCGUUUUUCCUGAAAUAGUGUCCGGAAAUACGCAGGCUACUGAGGCCAUUGUGGCAGAACGAGCUGCUGAGUACAUGAGAAAGAAAUGGGUUAAGAAUUAUAACAGCGUGUUUCCCAUUGAGGUUAACGAUCCUGAAAGUUAUGAAUCCUUAACUGCAUGUUUGUCCUGUGAGAAACUAUGAGAAAUAAAUUACGUACUGUU